GGGACCACAGGACGCCUGGGCUGCAGCCUUCCUGCACCGGGAAAUCAGGGCGAGGCUGAGAUGCCCCGGGAUUUCAAAGCCUGGAUGCUCUCAUUGAUUCUGUCAAGUUUUAAGAACCAAUGCACUUUAUAGCCCAUGGAAGAAAAAACACAAAUCAAGACAUUUUUGGGUUCCAAGCUGCCGAAAUAUGGAGUGAAAUCUGUGAGAAGCACUUUGCAGCCGAUGCCAAAUGGGGCCACUGUGACUUUCUUAGGAACUUCCAAGAGUAGUAAUGUCAAAAGUUACAUAAAAAAUAAUGGCUCUGAUUGUUCAUUGUCCCAUUCAUUUAAUUGGAGAAAAACAAAUAAAUAUCAACUUGGUUCACAAAAUACAGCAGGACUUAAUAAUACUCAAAGUACACAUGAUAAACUAAUUGAUCCUGAACAACAUGCUCCUGCUCCAGGAACGCUGGAUGGGAAUGGGAUAAAGGGAGGUUUGAAAAGUGCUUCCUUGUUCACAUCCAAGUUAGCAAGACCAUCAACCAUGUUUGUGUCAUCGGCAGAGGAGUUAAGUCAAAAAUCUUUUUCUGGACCAUCUAAUUUGGGUAAAUUUACCAAAGGCACAUUACUAGGAAGGACUUCAUAUUCUUCGGUUAAUGCAAAGUCACAUUUGAAUUCGUUUUAUGGGAACCGAUCCCCUGGUAACAUACAGAAGCCAAGAGUGAACUCCUGUGCCAGCAGAAGUAGUUCUGGAGAAAGCUUAGCACAGUCCCCAGACAAUGCUAAAUCUAUUACUUGUGAAAAAAUGGUAAGGUCACAAAGUUUUUCACAUUCCAUUCAGAAUCCCUUCCUUCCACCUUCAUCUAUAACCAGAUCACAUUCCUUCAACAGAGCUGUAGACCUUACAAAGCCUUAUCAGAACCAGCAGCUACCAGUUCGAGUGCCCCUCCGGUCAGGUAUGCUAACAAGAAGUUCUCGACAGUCAGAAGUACUCAAUGGGAAUGAACACUUAGGGUUUGGUUUUAAUAGGCCAUAUGCUGCUGGUGGAAAGAAACUGGCUUUAUCAAAUGGCCCAGGUAUAUCGUCCACUUUGGUUUAUAGGAUGGGUCAUCCCUCUCUACUGAAAUCUAGCCGACCUCCGUUCUCUGGGUCUAUAACAGUUGAUAGUAAUGAAAAUCCACCUGCUGACAUGUGCGAAGAGGAAGAAGGUGUGGUUUCAGCAAAGGACAGCUCUACUGGUAAAGACCAAGAACUAAUUGAAAAUGAAAGUUACCGAAGAGACAAUGAUCAGACUAUGAAGCAUGAUUCUAAAAUUAGGUACCUGAGUGAUGAUGUGGAUGAUAUUUCGUUGUCAUCUUUGUCAUCUUCUGAUAAAAAUGAUUUAAGUGAAGAUUUCAGCGAUGAUUUUAUAGACUUAGAGGACUCCAACAGAACUAGAAUAACUCCUGAGGAAAUUACUCUUAAAGAAGAAAAGCAUGAGAACGGAUCAUCAAAGGAUGUAUUUGAUUCUCCUAAGGAAAGUGAACAGAUCUUCAGUAAAGCUGAUGAAUGGAUAGACAUAAGUGUCUCUGACAGGAGUGAAUGUACAAAGCAUACAUCUGGAAACAACUUGAUUUCGCCAGAUACGGAUUACAGAGCUGGGUCUUCAUUUGAACUCUCUCCUUCCGAUAGCUCUGAUGGAACAUACAUGUGGGAUGAAGAGGGCCUGGAACCCAUUGGAAGUGUCCAUCCUGUUGGCAGCUAUGAGUCCUCCGAAAUGAACAGCAUAGUAUGUAUGGAUUUCUGUACCCUUUUGGAGAUCUUAUUAUAUUAUAUGGACACAUGA